AUGGACGAGAGAACCGCUAAGCCUAACCCCGAACAAAGGACCGACAUGUGCCUAGCACGUGUCGCAGUCAAGGUGCCGCCAUUUUGGAAGCCAGACCCCCGCAUUUGGUUCCUUCAGAUCAAGGCCCAAUUUCAAAACGCCGGAAUAUCGUCGGAUCAAACAAAAUUCGAUACCGUCGUCAGUUACGUUGACGCAGAAAUCCUCACGCAAGUUUCGGACAUUUUACUCAGUCCGCCUGCGUCGGGGAAAUAUGAACUUAUCAAGGAACGGUUGAUCUCCGCUUUCGCAGACAGUGAGACCCAGCGCACCAAAAAAUUACUGACGGAAAUGGAACUCGCCGACCGCAAACCCUCACAAUUACUCUGCGAAAUGCAUAACCUGGCUGACGAAAAAAUCGGCGAGAAUUUUUUGAAGACACUGUGGCUCCAACGCCUACCAAUCAACAUGCGGAGCAUCCUAUCGGUUAGUAGCAAUCAACUAUCAAAAUUAGCUGCUAUGGCCGACCAGAUCUGGGAACUCAGCCCUGGACCAACGACAGCACAGCUUGCUCCCGUAGCAUCGGGGAGCGCACACUGUAGCCACACUUAA